AUGGCGUGCACUAUGUUUACUGGUGGAACAAAUCGGAUUAUAAUUAAAGAUACAACUAAUAAUGAGAGUUUUCUUGUCGCGUUAGACCAACUGCUUUUGCAUGAGCUUAGUGUCUCGAGGAGUACUAUAAAGUACAAUAGGAGCGACAAGCACAACAGGAACAACAAUGAUUACAAUAACAACAAAGACCGCAACAACAAUAAUAGGCACAACAAGAAGAGCAAACACAACAACAUUAGACACAACAUAAUGCUCAAUCAGAGCAAAUGGAUCAACCUCUACAGACUAAUGGAUAUCAUGACGGUCUUAUUGACACAUAUGUCCUUAGGACAUUAG